AUGGCACCUUACGUCCAGGAAUUAGCCGGCACCGAUGCCGUCUCCGAGGCUCCCCUCCAGUCUAAGAGUGUGACGUUUCACCAUGACCAUGUCGUAAAGCCGGUCGCGGACGACUUCAUGUACGACUUCAAAUACAACCACACUCUCCCCACCACAGACAUUCUAGGGGUUAAGAUCCCCGCCGAUUGCGAUGCUCAAAAGGAGGCCAAGGGAAUCGUCGCCCGUCUUUCUAAAGCCACAUCAGAGGAAGAUGCGCAAUCAUUUGCUGAACUGUUCCUCGAUUCUGGCGUGUGGCGUGACAAGCUCUCUUUCACCUGGGACUUCCGUACAUUCAACUUCAAAGAGGCCAUCCUCACAGCCGCUACCGACCUUUUGCCUCAAACCAAGGCUAGAAAUUUCAACUUUCUCGAACCUGCGCCCUCGGUGUCUCACCCUUAUCCCGACUUCUCGCAACUACAGUUCGUCGUAUCUUUCGAGACUGAGGUCGUUCUCGCUUCAGCUGUCAUCAAUGCAGUCUUCGCUCAGGAUGGCUGGAAGAUUUACACCAUGCACACUGUUGCCGAGACUCUCAAGCAAUUUCCCGAGCAGGCUGCUCCAGAUGGGCAUAUGACCGGCAUCACUAGCUGGGAGAGUCAGAGAUCCGAGGCCAUCAACACUGUUGACCCCGAGGUAUUGAUCAUCGGUGGUGGCCAAAAUGGGCUCGCCAUGGCAGCGCGCCUGAAAGUUCUUGGUAUGGACAGCUUGAUUAUUGAACGCAGUGAGGAAAUCGGAGAUGUCUGGAAGAAACGUUACGAAUAUCUUUCAUUGCACUUCCCACACUGGCCGGACAACUUGCCAUACUUCAAAUAUCCUCAGCAUUGGCCCACCUACACCCCGGCCCAGAAGCAGGGUCUGUAUAUGAAGUGGUAUGCCUCUGCCCUGGAGCUAAAUGUCUGGACCAAAUCAGAGGUUGUGAAGGCUGACCAAGAUGCCGAGGGCAAAUGGACAUUCACAAUCAAUAAAGAGGGUAGAGAGACGCGCACACUGCACCCUAAGCAGCUCAUCAUGGCCACAUCGCUAUGUGGUGUCCCUCUCAUGCCAGCCGUUCCAGGCAUGACUGACUUUCGAGGCGAGAUCCGACACUCUAGUGCCCAUAAGAGUUCGCGUGACUUUGUCGGAAAGAAGGUCUGCGUCGUGGGUACCUCAUCCUCAGGUUUUGACACAGCGUACGAAUGCGCUCGUUUGGGAAUCGAUGUGACUCUUCUCCAGCGGUCACCGACUUACGUUAUGUCUUUGACCCAUUCUGUUCCCCGCAUGCUUGGAAUUUACGCUCCCGACAAGAAUGGAAAUCUCCCAGAUACUGAAGCAAUGGAUCGUAUCAACUUCUCUACGCCAGUUGGACCCGGCGAGGAACUUGCAAAGCGCACCGCUAAGACCCUUGAGGAACUUGACAGGCCCCUAUUGGAAGGUCUCAACGCUCGUGGUCUGCGAACAUGGCGUGGCCAACGCGAUACUGGCAACUCUACACUUGGCCAGACGCGAAAUGGCGGGUUCUACUUCGAUGCUGGUGCUUGUGACGAAAUUAUCAACGGAAAUAUCAAAGUGGAGCCUGGCUUUAUUGAGAGGUUUACCGAAGAUAAGGUGACCUUGAACGGUGGACGGGAGAAGGAAUUUGACCUCGUCGUCUUUGCUACCGGGUUUUCCAACACAAUUGACUCCAUUCGUGCCACUCUUGGUGAGAAGAUUGCCAGCAAAUGCGGACCUAUCUGGGGUAUUGAUGAAGAGGGCGAGUUUAAGACCGCCUACAAGGAGACCGGAGUUCCCAACAUGUGGAUUAUGGUUGGUUUCCUUCCGAUGACCCGGUAUGCCUCUAAGUUAUUGGCUUUGCGGCUGAAGGCUCUCAAGGAGGGCAUUUCGCCACCCCCUUACAAGGUUUAA